GCAAUAAGGGAGUAUACGCAAAUUACGGAAAGUGAGUGAGUGCAAGUGAAAUUGUUGGCCAUUGUUUCAGGUCAUUACAUCUGGCAUUGACAUUGACAUUGUCACUGUCGGAUUGGCCCAACCGAGGGAGCUCCCGCUCAACCCGCUGGACUGCACCAGAUGGCGUCCAGUUAUUUAUUUUGAAGAGUCUGGAUUUUGGUCCAGAAUGCCCAGAAAAGUUUUCAAUUACUUGAAGCUGGCUUAAGAGUUUGAGGUUUCCCCUUUGGCGCGCUCGAAUGGAGUUCGACAAAAGCCUGUUGUUUGGAAGCAGUCGUCGGUUGCUUGGGGGCAGUGACAGGAUGUUUUACAUAGCUCCCCAGCAGGCGCUGCUAAGGAAUGAGGAAGAUGACUACCAGGAGGGAUCCCUCAUCCUGCCGGAUUCCGGUUCUCUACUCUACAAUGCCACAGAAUUCCAGACAGGCGAUGAGGGGGCGGCCUUCGGCUAUGGAUCCACCACGACCAUCAGUGGAUUAGAGUUGGAGAACUAUAACUACACCGUGAUAAUGAAUUUUAGUUGCGACGGGGAAAACAUACAAUCGGAGGAUCUGUGGUCUAGUGUUUACUUCAGGAGCCUCGUCUACAUGCUAUAUAUUCCCAUCUUUAUCUUUGCUCUUGUCGGCAACGGAACAGUCUGCUAUAUUGUUCAGUCUACGCCGCGUAUGCGCACUGUCACCAAUUUCUUUUUAGCCAAUUUGGCACUAGGCGACCUUCUGAUGUCCCUCUUCUGCGUUCCCUCGUCCUUCAUUUCGCUGUAUAUUCUGAACUACUGGCCCUUUGGCAUCGUGCUCUGCCAUUUUGUGAACUACUCGCAGGCGGUCUCCGUGCUGGUUACCGCUUAUACUUUAGUGGCCAUCAGUGUUGAUCGCUAUAUAGCCAUCAUGUUUCCUUUGAGGCCACGCAUUACUAAACGUUAUGCUGCCUUAAUCAUCAGCGGCGUUUGGGUGAUUGCACUUGCUACGGCUUUGCCCAUACCAAUUGUUUCCGGACUGGAAAUACCCAUGUCGCCAUGGCACGAGAAGUGCGAGAGAUACAUCUGCCGCGAGAUAUGGCCAUCGCGGACGCAGGAGUACUACUACACCCUCUCCCUCUUCGCGCUGCAAUUCGUCGUACCGCUGGGGGUACUAAUCUUCACCUACACCCGGAUCGCCAUCCGCGUCUGGGGGAAACGGCCGCCCGGUGAGGCCGAGAAUGCCCGCGACCAGCGGAUGGCACGCUCCAAACGCAAGAUGGUUAAGAUGAUGCUUACGGUUGUGAUUGUGUUUACCAUUUGCUGGCUGCCCUUUAAUAUUUUACAGCUUUUGCUAAAUGACGAGGAGUUCGCCCGCUGGGAUCCUUUACCUUAUGUGUGGUUCGCAUUCCACUGGCUAGCCAUGUCGCAUAGCUGCUACAAUCCGGUGAUCUACUGCUACAUGAACGCCCGUUUCAGAAGCGGGUUCCUUGAGAUCAUGCAUCGUAUUCCUGGCCUGCGUCGCUGCUGCUGCCUGAACCGUUAUUUUCGCAGCGGCGGCGACCGCAGCUACGAACCUACCGGUGAGACGCCCAACAAGUACCAUCGCCAAGUUGGUGAUGCCCUAAUCAGGAAAUCCAAAAUACGUAUUAGGAACAGCAGCAGCGAUAAACCUCAAUCGUAUGAACACGUCGACCACGUACAUCAGCACCCGUCGAAAGCCAAAAACGAGUUUAACGCGAGCGAACCCGCUUUCAUGUGCCGAGAGGUCGUCGUUGCGGUAGCCACCACAAGGGUCACAAAAUCACCUGAACGGCGAGCGGAAAGCUCCGGUGAAAUAAACGCGAAUGCAAAGUGCACGGAGUUCUGAGAGCAAAAAUAAUCAAAUUAACCAAAGAUCAAAUCUCCCACAGACACAUGUCUGCUGAGUGUAUAUGUGUGAGUGCGUGAGUGUCCGAGUGUUUUACGCGUUUUGUAAUUGUCAACUCAAUGUAAUUUUACUGAAUGUAUAUUAAAGGUAAUCAAUUAAAA